AUGACGAUUGCAUUUCCACUUCUUCGUCUACCGUACCUCGUGCUUAUGCCUAUCUUGGAACAAAUGGAAUUUAUGGAAAGAAUUGCACUCUCCAUUCUCUCUAAACGAGCCAGAAUGUUCUUGAAACUUCUCAAAAUGAAGUGUAAGUAUAUCACUUUGAAACUUAAUGGUGACAAAAUCCAGAUGAUAGUGUUUUUUGAAAAUAGUGAAGAACUGAAAGUGGAUAUUUUAAUCUUCGGAUAUCAAGCAGUAAAUUUAAAGCAUGGACAUGAUUACAUCUCACGAUGGCCCUGUACACUAUCUCCAAUGGACUACGUCCUUCCGAUUAUGGACGUCACUCACUGCAAGUCGAUUAAGCAGUUUAUAGUCGUUGAAGCACCGCAACGCGAUAUUUUCCUUGCGAAACUCCCAAGAAUCUUUGCGAAGCUUCCAGAAGUUGAUGAAGUUGUUGCUGAAAAUGGUUACCACAGCUGUUCUGUGGACUCAGAAAAACUUCUAAAAGUUCUGAGAAUUGUUUUGCCACUAUCUUCUGCAGUUACCAUUUUUUAUCACGUUCUGAAACCCGAAGACUUCCAAGAAAUUUUCAAAGGAAAUUUUGACGCCGUGACUUUAACAAAAUAUUGGGACAUUUCAUACUUCGACAUGCCAAAUGACGAUAUGAAGUUUUCUCUUAAUGAUUUGAUGAUGACGAACGUCAGGUCACUCGAGGUUCCUGGUCCAGCCUUCACAUUAGAAAACCUAAACCGCUAUUUCAAGUUGUGGAUGAAGAAAAAAUGUAAUGAUCGACUGGAAUACUUGGAAGUGAAGAUAAGGAGAUGGGUAAAGAGUGAAGUAAUAAAUCUCCUUCUGAAAGGACUCAAGGCUGUUCGAAUUCCCAUUGAAACAAAGAGAGAAUUCCGGGUAUUGGGGAAUAUAAAACAGUUCAUUUCGGAGGUUGCGAAUGAGAUGCUCAAUUGGGAAUUCGACAUAACAAGAGCCGACGGGAGAGAAGCAACAAUCAGAAUUUCAAAUUUCGGAACUGUUUGUUUCUACGUUUGGCCGGAAUCUACUAAUGAUACAACAAACAUUGUGCCGAAUCAGUCUUCAUUUAUGCUGUUAUCUAGUAAAUCACUGAGAACAUCUCCAAUUUAUAUAAUUCUAAUGGCAAUUGCAAUAAUGGAUAUUAUUUCUUCAUUGUAUGAUAUUCAUACAGGAAUUGUGCAGUUUUACAAGGUUAUCAAUGUUUGCUACUCGAAGAAAAGUGAUUAUUAUAUUAUACUGAUCAAUGUGAUAAUGGAAUCCAUUCGUAACUAUACCAGAAGAUGUUCCACAUGGCUAAGUUUCAGUAUUGCUCUCAUCCGAACCCUAGUUAUCAAGUAUCCAAUGGAUCCCAGAUUUGAGAUACUUUCAAAACCCCGUGCUGCUUUUUACGUGAUUUUAGCCACCUUGAUCUUAUGUGCUCCGAUUAAUAUGCUGGAUGUAUACAAACAUGACAUAGACGUGUACAAAGAAGAGUACAAGUGUACUCAGUACCCGAGUAGUAACAUAUUGUGGUAUGGAAGUGGGAUUUCGUUAUUAUUCCAAGAAAAUAAUCGAAAAAUUCAAAGAAUUUAUCAGGCUGUUGAUGCAACUAUAUCAAAGAUAAUCCCCUGUAUUUUAUUCCCUAUUGUCACUGCCGUGUUGGUUAGAGAAAUACGAAAAGCUAAUACAAAACGACUAAACAUGAAGUCCUCUACUUCGAAUAACUCCAAGAACACAUCGAAACUAGUGUUGUUCCUAACACUGCCAUUCUUCAUUGCAGAACUCCCUCUUGGUGUCGCUUUCGCUAUCAGUCCAUUUAGCAUUUUUCAUGAUGUACGUGGUGUAGCUGGUUUUAUCUUUCUCCGAGAAGACUCUGAAAAUUUCUUUUCAUUCAUUCUAACUGCUACUACUGCGACUCAUAUGAUUAUUUGUGUUCUUAUGUCUUCUCAGUAUCGAGAAGUUGCUUAUUCAGUUAUUCGAUGUGGUUAUGUAUUGGAAGUUGGUCCUGUAAAGAGAUCUGGUAUUAAUUAA